ACUACUAUAGCAUUAGACCCUUAUUUGGUUGAGCAAGAGCUAGAAGUUCCUAUACCUUCACUCGUGCGAAGGGUCAAUGGAAUUAAGGGGUGUCGGAAGGUUUAUCCCUACCCUUAAAAACACAUCCUCGAGUUGGCUAUCAAUUCAAUGAAUGUAAAUUUUACUUGUACACGAGAGGAACUAACAUCACCUUGUACGACUUUCCUACUAAAGUUCAACUAGUAUCUCUUCCAAAACUCGAUUUUGUGCAAUGAAAAGGUGACUAGCAUGUUGGGAUCACCCUACACUUUAUUUCUCAACAUAUCAUGGCAAUUUUCAAAUGAUAACAAUGUCUUCAUAGGUAGAUUUUGCAUUUUCUUUGGGGUAAAAAUAAUUUAUUAGCCAAACCUUUCAAAAAAAAUUCAAAUUAUUAGCCCACUUUUCGAAAUACAAAAUAUUAGUCAGAGAGCGAGGAAGAGAUCACUGCCGAAAAAAAUAUGGGGGACCCCAACAAUCAAGUGGCAAAUGUGAAUGUAAACCAACCGCCACCCAUACCAAAUGCGGGUCAGCCUCAGCCAAAGGCUGGGACCAUAGGGUACUUCUUGACUCGUAGGGCCAAUGAACGCAGUCCAGGUAUUUAACAUCCUCAUGUUGCAACAAACAACUUUGAGGUGAAGACUUAGGUGAUACAGAUGUUGAAGACCUCGAUAGUCUUUAAUUGGUUAGAAAGAAAGUAUCAAUAAGAGCAUCUCAACCAGUUUCGCGAGCUUAUCGAAGGGAUCAAGAUAAAUGGCGUGUCGUAGAAGGUGAUCUGGCUACACUACUUCCCUUUCUCUCUAGAUGGAAGAGCCAAGUUGUGGUUGGACAACUGUUAGCCCGGGUCGAUCAGAUCUUGGGAGGAUCUGCUAAAGAAGUUCCUGAUCCACUAUCACCCCUCAUCCAAGACCGCAGAUUUACAAAAGUAGAUCACCCACUUUGCACAGGAGGAUGAUUAGACCCUUAGAGAUUCCUGGGAGAGAUACUCAGGUCUCUUUCUAAAAAGGUUCAGCGACUCCUUCAAAAUGCGUAAUUUUUACAUGGUUAUCCUUCCCGAAAGCCGUAAGGAAGCAUGCUUAACAAAACUCCUCCGCAUAUGAUGCAUCUUUUUGAGGACAUGGCAGUCCAGGGGUAUGACUGUGGAAACACGAGGAGAGGUUGGAGUCCUCAAGGUAGAGGUGUCCAUUCUGUUGAGGCUCAACCAUCACCUCUGGAGUCGAGAGUUUUUGAGCUGAUUACGGUGAUCGACCGUAAUGGAGGACUAGGUGGAGGCCCAUGCAAGUCUCGGGUUAUGUAUUGUCAAUGCUGCGAGAACACAAUCCACAUGGUGGAGGACUACCAGGCAAUGAGGGAAUCCAACACACCUUAGGAGCAGUUGAACUUCAUCAGCAAUGCCAACCGCAUAGACCCCUAUAGCAACACGUAAAAUGAGGAGUGGCGCCAGCAUCUGACAUUCUCUUGGGGUGGCAACAGUGGCUCCAAGCCACCUGGUUUCAAAGCUCCUGCUCCAGGGUAUCAAUAGAGGCAGCCCUAUCAACCUCACUAGGGCCUUUAGUGCCAGCUGCAACAAUAACCUUAGUAUCAGCUCCAGGGGACAUCAGCAACUGCUCCACCACAGCCUCAAGACAAUAUGUCUAAGCUGGAGGAAUGGUAAACAAAUUUGUGAGUACCAAUGCCUAGAGGUUGAAUAAGAUGGACCAAUUCAUGGAACUUCGAGUGGGGAAGUUCUCAAAUCUUGAAGGCGGCCAACAUCACCAGCAGGCCAUACUACAGGACCACCAGACCCAGAUUGAGAAUGUGGCCCAAACUUUGGCCAACAACCCUUCGGUUACUCUACCGGCCAACCCCAACCCCAAUCCAAAGAUCCACCUGCCGACUGCAAGAACAUUUCCCUCUGGAGCAGGAAGAAGACUACUGAUAGUUAUUCUAUAGAUUGAGCAGCCAGCACUAGAAGUACAGUCUUUUGGUAUCGAAUUAUGUUGUGGCACGCACACACGUGGGUGCUAGUUCUAACGAUUACUUUGAGCAAUGUUAUGUGAUAAGUACAAAUGGCUUGGAAGAAAUUCAGACGGAGGACGAUUUGGAGAGCACAAAAGAGGUUCAAGAGUUGGAACAAGAAUCGGGGUAGGACCACUACUCCCAUCUCCCAAGAUUCUAACUUCUUUGGAAGAACCCGCUGAGUUGGAUUUGAAGCCACUCCCUAGCCACCUUGAGUAUGCCAUCUUGAGAGAAGCGAGAAAACUUCAUGUCAUCAUUAGCUCCAAUCUCACCCGGAUAUAGAAGUCAAGGUUAGUGGAUCUCCUGCUGAAACAUGAGAAGGCAAUCGCAUGAAAGAUCACUGACAUCCAGGGAAUCAUCCCUUGUAUCUGCUCUCAUAAGAUCCUCAUGGAAAAUGAAGUCAAAUCUGUCCGUCAACCUCAACAAUGGGUGAAUCCUAACUUGGAGGAGGUGGUGGAAGCAGAAGUGGUGGAUGUUGGGAUCAUCUACCCUAUCUCGGAUAGUAGUGGUUAAGCCCCACACAAUUGGUACCAAAGAAGCGAGGUAUGACAGUUGUAGCAAACAAGAAGAAUGAGCUCAUUCCCACUAGAAUCGUGACAUGAUGGCAAGUGUACAUUGAUUAUCGAAAGUUGAAUGAUGCCACUAAGAAUGACCAUUUCCCUUACCUUUUAUCGAUAAGAUUCUUGAAAGGCUUGCACAACAUGAUCUCUACUGCUUCUUGGACGGGAUGUCGGGUUACUUCGACAUCCCUAUCUCCCUAAAAGAUCAGGCUAAACUAACCUUCACAUAUCCUUUUGGUACCUUUGAAUAUUGGCACAUUCCAUUCGGCCUAUGCAAUGCCCAAGCCACAUUCCAGAGGUCCAUGGUGGUGAUUUUUGACAAACUAGUGGGGGUGAUCAUGAAAAUGGAUGACUUCUCAGUUUUUGGGGACUUUUUUCUCAAUGCCUUGGCAACCAACAUAAGGUUUUGAAAAGGUGCGAAUAAAAAAAUUGGGCCCUUAAUUGAGAGAAGUCUCAUUCCAUGGUACGAGAAUGACUCUUCUUGGGUCACAAGAUAUCAAAAAGAGGUAUUGAAGUCCACAGGGCAAAGGUUGAUACCAUCCGUAAGCUUCCACAUUCAACUUUCAUCAAGGGGAUCCGAAGCUUCCUUGGCAUGCAGAGUUCUAUAGACGAUUCAUUGAGAACUUCCCAAAGAUUGCACUACGAUUAACAAAACUUUUUGAGAAGGAAUCAUAGUUUUUUUCACAAAUGAAUGCUCCAUGGCAUU